GGUCCAACUGUCAAGGUCACUGCCUCACACGGCGUCAAACUCUGACUACUAAUCACAGCUCAGGUGCGUUGGACUGUUUUAUAUCAGCAGGAAAAAAACGUUAGUGCGAUAGCCGACAUAGAGCUUUAAAGCCUUUUCGGAGGUUUAUUUUUUAUUUCUUUUUUUGUAUUUCCUUGUGGUUAUUCCAAUGGGUGACUGAUGGAACAGGCGCCAUAUGGAGUAAAAGUCAGCUCUGGCACAGGUCAACAUCCAGUCAUGGCAUCAAGGAUCAUCCAGUCAUGGAUCUGAAGACAUCUGAAAAUCUACAGUGAAGGAUCACACAAUUCGACGCUAAAUAGCACAGAGUGUAAGGAUGAGAGAGAAGACAUCUGUCGGCGUCCCAAACGUACAAGCCAGAGCCAUAUUCAAAUUCUUCCUCAUGUGAAAAUCACCUCAAACCUCAGGAUGUCAACCAGUGCUGGGGAUUUGCCCAACAUCAGUGUCUCACUUCUCCAUGACAUGUUCAAUUCCUCCUCACAAUCUUCCACUCCCUCCACCACACCUCCAUCUUGCAGCAUCGAUGAGUCCUACAAGUACAUCUUCCUCCCCAUCUGUUACUCUUUCACGUUCAUCUUCAGCAUCCUACUCAACUCUGUUGUCCUCUACCGUUCCUUCCGCCAGACCAAGCGCUGGAACGCCUCUCUGAUCUACAUGGUUAACCUGGCCUCUACAGACUUCAUGUAUGGCCUGUCGCUGCCGUUCCUAGUGGCCAGUUACAUCAUGCGUGACCGUUGGAUCUUUGGGGACUUCAUGUGUCGCCUAGUCCGGUUCCUCUUCUACUUCAACCUCUACUGCUCUAUCUUUUUCCUCACCUGCAUCUCUGUCCACAGGUACCUUGGUAUCUGCCACCCGAUGAAAGUCAUCUCGCUGGAGACUAAGAAGGCCGUCAAGUGCACUUGUGUCCUGGUUUGGAUUGUGGUUUUUGCUCUGACCUGCCCCAUUUUCCGGUUUGCUCAGACUGGUCAUGUGACAAGACUGGGAGGAGUUGGCGCCACUGUAAAUAAUAGUGACAACCCAAGCUACGAGAUGUCCCUGAUUAAUGGUAAUGGAAGCCAUGGUCAUUUAGGAGGUAUCAUUGAGGAGUACCAGAACUGUUGGGAUGAUGCCAUAGAUAAGGAGUUUGCUGAUUACGUGCCCUAUGGCAUCAUACUCCAUUUGCUGGGCUUUUUUGUGCCUUUUUCCAUAAUUGCUUGGUGUUACUCUCAUGUCGUUCUGACUAUAUUUAGAACGCUGCACUCACGGCCCUCAUCUCACAGAGGUCCGAGAGGGGGUGGACAUGAGGGAUUGGAGAAAAGGGAGAAAGCAAGCUCUGCAAUUUUUGGGAAAGAAAGAAAAGGAAGCAAUGGGAUAGCAAGAGCAGUGAGAAGAGAUGAAGGGAUAUCCAUUUUCCUUGGUGCCCGCUCCCCAUAUGCCAACCGCAGACGCAAAUCCAUCAAGACCAUUAUCACCAUCACCUUCCUCUUUGCUCUGUGUUUCCUCCCCUUUCAUGUCACCAGAACCAUAUUCCUUCUGUUGAAAGUGACAAAGAGAGUCCCCUGUCAAACCAUGACCAUGGUCUCCAUGUGCUACAAGAUUACAAGGCCUUUGGCGUCAUUCAACGCAUGGCUCAACGCCCUCCUUUACUUUCUCACUAAAGACAAAGGGGGAGCCCACUGCUGCCAGACUGUGGACAGCAACACACAACAACAACAUGGCGGCCUUCUGCUGCCACUGAGGAUGAUGGGAAAAGGAGAGGAUGCAGAGGAUGGAGGGAGAGAAGAUGGGGUGGACAAUAGGGAGAAAAAAGCAUUGCACAACAGUCCGUCAUACACAAACAGAGCAAAAGUCAGAUAUAUAGUUGAUAUAGAAAAGUGACAAAACAGAAGGAAUUGUGGGUGAACUAACAGAUGCCUUUUACUGGAAAAGAAAGUAUAAUAUAAUGUAUAAUAUGAGCAUUGUAGCAGAGAUUACAAGAGAUAGUUGUGUUUUUUUGAAGUGUGGUUGUAUGAGGGAUUGGCACAUAAUCCGUGCUGACUUUGCCAUCACUGCUGCUGGAAACCAGUCUGAGACACAUUUCUCUCUCACUAAAACAUAGCUCAUAGCAGGUACACAAUAUCAGAUUUUUGCCACUUAACUAAAGACUCACCAAACAAAAGGUGACCACAGCCAUGGAAAAACCAGAAACAAGUAGGCUGAGGGGCAUUUUGAGUUAUUUACAGAUUAUGAAUGUGUGAUUUCUACGCUUUUCAUCAAUGUCUAACACUAAAUAUUUGAAGAAGAUGUGGCCAUUUGAAUGAAGGCUCUCUUCAAACUACUUUAGGGAGAAUUUUAGCUUCAAAUACCUUCUGGGAGUCAAGAGACAGAAUCAUCACAUUUACAUAGCCCAACCCGCUCCUGGUCUAACUGUCAGUGAAGCCACGCCUCUCUGUAUGUGCUACUUCUCAUCACAGAAACAGGAGCACAUAUACUAUUUUGUGAGCUACACUGCUACACAGAACAAUACAUAAAACAAUAUUAAAAAUACUUAAGAGUUAGAAGGAUCAAAGAUACAUAUACAUUUCUAAUAUCAAAUAAAAUAAAACACAUCCAAGUGGCUCUGUAUUGGUGUGGAUGGUUCAGUCUGUUACUGAAUGAGCUGAAUGAUGAUGAUGUGCUAAAUAGAGUGUUAUAGGUGUUAUAUAGUGUUAUAGAGAGUUGCUAAAUCAUUAGCAUCACAGUUAAUACUUCAUACACAAAGCUGUGUUAUUCACACAUUGUUCAAGCACAUCAGCAGAGCUGCUGCUCUGUAUACCUCUGACCAAGUAUGCUUAGCAGCGGCCCUGCACAUCAGGUUGGUUUGUUAUUCAUAUUAAUCGCAGAUGCUCACAUGCUCCCAUUACAGCUUAUAAUACGAUCAUCUGAUCAACACAAGUUUUGAUGUGCGUAACAUUUGCACUUUAAAACAAAAAUACUGAGCUAUAGCUAAUAACAAUGUAGCCACAUAACGUUCUGAAACGCAGAGUGCAUCAUUAAAAGACAGCAUCCAGCAUGAAAAAACAUUUACUAACGUAACAUAGAUUAACGACGUUAAUGAAAACUCACCCCAUAAGAAGAUAGAAGGUUAAUAAGAGGUUCGGGGUGCUUUACUUUCAUUGCUGGUGUCAUGUCGUCAUCUCAGAAGUAACUACUGUUACUUAAUACUCUUAAAGGGUUAAAGUUAUAAAACUUAAUACAAUACUUACUGUUAAUUAACUACUGUUCACCUCAAGGUGUCCAGUUAUUCUCAUGUCCUGCCACCCACUGCCACCUAUCGCCAUUCACUGCGAUUAAACAACCGUAAUUCAAAUACAAAGUUUAUCUGAAACUUCAAUUUGCAUAAUUUACUCCUCAGACCAAUGUCCAUGGAGAAAAUCUACAAUUUUACAUGACAACAGUGUUGCAUUUGUCAAUCAGUUCAAAUCUGUUAACUUUAAAAUCCUUCAUUCAGGUUUAUGUGAGUGACACAAACUUCAUGGAAGUCAAAUGAGGCAGCAGGAGACCAGCAGCUCCUGUGUACCCUACAAGCUCAAAACUAUGAUUAUAUUUAUAUGCACUUUGGUGUGGGAGAGUGAGCAAUCGACAAACUUCAGCUUCCACACAAAAAGGCGCUGUCUAAUGGGGAGAUAGAGUGUAGAUGUAGAAGUAGAUUGUAUUGGGUGAGCCUUCUGCUGAUGGCUAAAGUAAUCUGUGCAUUUGUUUGUCAGACUGGUUCCUGGCAAUGGCAGCACUGAAUAUAUGUCAGGAGGUGCAGGUGUGCAGGUAUGCUGCUAGUCAUAUUUUGAAAGUUAGCUUGUGCAACAUGACUGAAAAUGUGAUGUAAUCAUGUCGAUUUUUUGUUUUUGUUGUACAUGUUGUAUAUACAUAAUGUGUUACAUAUUUAAAAUGCUGCACUUCUGUUUAAAGUAACACAAUGUAGGAUUUGCUCUCGGGCUUCCCCACAAUUGUUAAAUGGUCUUGUUUGUUACAACUGUCAUGUCAACGAUACCGGUGAACUCUGAAGCAGGACUGUACAAACAACCAUGUGUUUAGACCAGCUACAUUAGCCUUUGUUUUAGCAUUAGCAUAUAGCAAUUUUGCUUUAUUUUUCAAGAUGUUACAAAUGAAAACAAACCAACAGCGAUUGCUCACAUGGAUUUAUCAGCACACUUUUUAGCUGUCUUCAGACAUGUUCUGAAGUCCUUACAUAUUCAUGAAGUUGAGUGUAACGGUCAGCAGAAGUAGCUGGAAACUUCCUUUGCCACCUCCCUAGUCAUAUCUUAAAUAUUAAACUUUUAAUGAGCACAUGUGAGAACACAGGAGGAAAAACUCUGUAUAAUUCACAGCCAGUGAAUUAGUUGGUGAGUGUCCAAGAUGUGUCUGACCAAGAGAAUUGCUGUACAAUGUGCGAUCACAGGUUUCUGAACAUUUAAUGUAUGAUCUGUCACCAUCUGUACAGACACAGCCUUACUGAUGAAUACAGGAGAAAGCAAUGCCGUACAAAAAAGACAUUUUGAAAUUCUUCUCACUGCAUUAUGUCACAUGGUUUUCCGAAUUGAUUAACUGUCCACAGACAUUGUUUGAGUUUAGAAAUAUCACCAAAUUGUGCUUUAUAAUGUACUUAGCAUUUGUUGACAGAUCAGUAAGUGUAAGCUUAUUUCUAAUUAGCUGGAUGAUUAUUAUUGGUGAUUAUUUUUAGUGUAUGUGCAGUAAUGUGGACACCUUUUGUUCUUGAAUUGUACUCAUAUCUUAAACUUUGUCCCCGCACUGUGGGUUCUUGGCCAUUAUUUGUUUUUUAUAAUUACUUUCCUGCUCUGUUUUUCUUUCUUUACUGAUACAUGGUUGUGUGACAGGGAAAUUCUUCUCAUGAACCCUGCAUUUUUUAUUUUAUUUUAGGUUUUGCAUUGUACAUGUUAUAAAGUUACAGAGUUUGAUGAAUGUCAUGUUGUCUUCAUUAUAAUGAUAAACUGGUGACUCAUUGUCUGCAUGACAAAUGUGUACAAACCUUGGAUUAAAGGGAUAGUUGAGAUAUGGUUGUAUGAGAUACUGACACUCAUGCAGCAUUUCAUUUACAUCGGAAGACGGAGCUGGGAGUGUUCCAGAGUAGCAGAGAAGUCAGAAAACCCAUGGAUGCAAACGUAUUCCAGGCUAGCCAUUAUUGUUAGCCACUGUUAGAAAUGCCAGUCGAUUACAACCCCCACACCAACAGCGUAGCAACAUGUCUAUGGAUAAAAAUUAAAUAGUAUGUGCGACUGAUUUACUGUGAAACAAAUACAAAAAAUAAUACAAUAAAGUGCUAUGAAUGGCAAAAGAAGCAGCUUUGGCAGUGAGGUUCAUGGCUGGUGAGGCACUGACUCAUUCAGUCAGAUUUACAAAUAAUUUAACCCUAAAAAGUUGCUUAUUCACUAUUAAAUUGGCAGCAUGCACAUUGACUACUGGUUUUGUUUCGUAUCUCAUCAGCACAACAAAAGGAUAAGAAGAAGAAGAAA